AUGACCACAGGCAUGCCUGCACAUCAGAUGGCUCAGGUCUCUGCACCUUAUAUCCCAGCUCGGGAUUCCAUGGACCGUCACGAUUACGGCAUCACAAAAAGCCGCAAGGCUUCGUCGACUGGCGGAGGACGUGCUUGGAGCGACGAGGAGGAGUCAUAUCUCAUCCAAACUCGACUCCAGAAGAUGCCAUAUAAGUACAUCGCAGCCCACCUCAAGAAGACAGAAUUGGCCUGCCGUCUUCACUACCACCAACUCUCACAUGGCAGCAACCGACGCAACAAGCGUGCUGCUUCCGUCUCAUCAGGGGCUUCUAUGGAAAUCACUCACGCUCACCUCAUCAACAUCCCCAGCCCGGCACGCGAGACUGUCUCGCGCUCAGUCUCGCCCGGUGCAAGUGUACGAAGCUACAGCCCUCCUCCCUGCAACAUGAGCAACCAUGCCAGUCACAUCCAACUUCCCAGCAUUGUUGGACCCAGCGACGUGGCCCGUCUACCAUCCAUCCUCCCAAAGCCAUCCCGCAUGUCUCUCCCUCCUCCUGUGACCAACCACUCAUAUAGCAAGUCAGUCGAUGUGUCAGUUCAGAUGCCUCCUGCUUUCCACCGAGCAGCUUCGCAUCAGCGAACAACACCACCGCUGCGUCUUGACUGCUCGGUUGACCCCGCACCUGUGCCUUCUCCUCCCGCCCACAACGCCUCACAUGUGGAUCUUUCACGCCUUCACUCCAUCUACUCUACUCACCGCGCCUCAUUCUGGACAACCAUUGCCAACGAGUAUGGUCCUUCAGUAUCUCCCACUGUUCUCGAGCAGGCCUGGAAGACAGGCACUUGCUGCAGUCCCUCUUCUCUGACACCCAUCACCCCCAUCUCUAGCCCGGGCCAGGCUGAGAAGGAUGCGCACAGCCAAAGCUACCACAAGGGACAGGACAAGACACGGAUCUCUUCAAUCCUUGGUAUUGAUGCUGACCCAAGAACUGCUCGCGAUCGGGAUAUCGUGAGACGGCUGGAAGAGGAGCGAUUCGGUAUGAUGCAAACCGCUCACUGA